GGCCGCACAUCCGGGACCUGGCCGCCGUGCGGGGUGCGGGCGCAGAAGAAAUCCCAGGAUCGGCGUGUGGCGGCCCGAAUGUGGGUUACUAGGGCUUGUGGUGGGGGGCAGCGGCGUCCACUUUUUUUACUUUCACCAGCCGCGGCGUGCAUGUGCGUGUGUACGGAAGUGGCCGACGUCGCGUGCGCUCUGCCACCACCCGGAACCUGCGAGUCUGCGCAACCUUUGACCUUUGCGGUGUCGUCGCUACCCACGGGCCCCGGAUGGCGGGGCACGUGAAGCGGGAGGAGGAGGAGCUGACCAUGUACUCGUCGUCGUCCUCGUCGCCUCCCCCGGGGGAGGGGAAGCUGCAGUGCCACUCGCCCAGCCUGAGCCCCCCCCUGAGCCCCCGCUCCUCGGAGUUCUGCUCGUCCACCACCCCGGGGGGCACCCUCCUGGCCACGCCCCCCCUGGCGCACCACGGCACCCGGGGCACCUCUGGCCACCACCCGGCGCAGCACCAUGGGGGCUCCCCCCGGCGGCUGUGCCUGGUGUGUGGCGACGUGGCUUCGGGCUUCCACUAUGGGGUGGCCUCGUGCGAGGCCUGCAAGGCCUUCUUCAAGAGGACCAUCCAGGGCAACAUUGAGUACACCUGCCCGGCGUCGAGUGACUGCGAGAUCAACAAGAGGCGGCGCAAGGCGUGCCAGGCCUGCCGCUUCCAGAAGUGCCUCAGGAUGGGCAUGCUCAAGGAAGGGGUUCGGCUAGACAGGGUUCGAGGCGGUCGUCAGAAGUACCGGCGAAAUCCGGACGGCCCAUACCACAUCCAGCCGUUGACGCCCAAGAAGGUCUCCCUGGAAGACAAUGUGAUAAUCUCUGCCCUGGUGCACUGUGAGCCGGAGCCCCUGCUGGCCCACUCGUCCUCCGCCCUGGGGGACCGGCUCAAGACGGUGGGGGUGCUGAGCGAGCUGGUGGACCGGGAGCUGGUGGCCACCAUCAGCUGGGCCAAGCAGAUCCCCGGCUUCACGGACCUGACAUUGAACGACCAGAUGCGGCUGCUGCAGACCACCUGGGCCGAGAUCCUCUCCCUGGCACUGGCGUACAGGUCGUGCCAGCCGAGCGGCCCCGUGCGGCUGGUGUUUGCCUCGGACCUGGUGCUGGACGAGCGGCAGGCCCAGGAGUGCCAGGCGGAGGAGCUGUUCCUGCACCUGGCCCAGCUGGUGCGCCGCCUGGAGGCACUCUCCGUCUCCCGGGAGGAGUUCCUCGCCCUCAAAGCCCUGCUGCUCACCAACGCCGACAUCCAGCUGGAGGACGGGGCCUCGGUGCACAAGCUGCGGGAGGCGGUGCUGCAGGGGCUGCACGACUGCGUGGCGGCCCAGCGCAGCCCCCCGUGCUCCUCGGGGUCGGCCUCCUCUCCCUCCUCCACCCCGGUGUCCACCACCGCGGCCCCGACGCCCGGCGCCCAGCAGCACUGUGGCCGGCUCCUGCUCUGCCUGCCCCUGCUGCGCCAGCUGGACGCGGUGGUGCGCCGCUUCUGGAACGCCGUGCGCCGGGACGGCACGGUGCCGAUGAACAAGCUCUUUGUCGAGAUGCUCGAGUCGCACGCGCUGGUGCGGUGAGGGCCGCUGCCGAGUCCCCGGCGUCGUCGGGGCCGCCGGCCCGCACCCUUCCCUCCGUGCCGUCCUCCAAGCUGCCCCCGACGUCGUCUCCCGUUUCGGUUGCCGUUCCCUUCCUCCGCGACCGGUUCUUUCGUCCAACCUUGGACGCGGUCUCCGACACGAUUGUCUCGCAUUGCCGCCGUAAUGAUCCCAGACGCUGUCCCACGGCUGUUUCUACGUCGUUUCGGCAGAUUCGUUCUGGCUGUGGCCGCGAACAGGGUCCUAAACCUCGUCUUGAGUGGUAUCCCUGCAUUACUGUGGCGCCCGGGCAGUCCCUGUCCCCCUCGAAAGGCUUCAAAAAACUCGGCGUCCCCCACGUUGCUGGGACCGCCUUCCCGGAUGUCGCGAGAGGCCCCAUCUGCUGCCUAGCUGGGAACCCCAGUUGUGUGUCGGGUCGGGCGUUGGCCUAAGCUCGUGAUCGACACUCUUCUUCGUUAGGAAAUGCCCUCUCAUCGUGAUUUCGCCCUUUAUUGUGCUCCUUUCCUAAAUCUGAUGUUAGUUUUGAUUUCUUUUUUUGUUUCGGAUGCCAAGCGCGUGAACAAAUAAAACAUGCUAUUGCUCACGCGUGGGGCAUAGCCAGUGGUGGAACUGCCGCGCCAUUUGUGCCAAAUAGUGCCGGGGCAAACAACCUGCUACAGGCUGAUGCAAAGGCUUUAUUUGCGUGCAGUUUGCACCGUGUAUGCGCCAAAAAAGAACUGUUCUCAAAAACGAAACAAAGUGUCUGGUACGUAGCAUUGUUGACGAUGUUACUGAAAAUGAACAAAGUGCAGUUGUUGUUUUUUCAGGUGCCUGAGAACUAUGUACGAAGAGUAGGGUCAUGCGAAUACUAGAAUUUCCUUAUGGUAGUUCAAACAAUACACUGUUAGAUAUUCUGUUAAAAAUUAACCGCGAAAUUUGUACUUUUCGAAGCGUUGAUUGCGGCAGGUUAGCCCCCUGGAGUGCGCUUCUCCUCGAGCACCGGUGCACUGUGGAGAAGCAAUACCCGCGUAGCUGACACCGCAUCUUCCAAGUGGCCUGGUGCACACGUGUGCCUAAUGUAUUAGAACAGGGGUUCUCAAACUGGGUUCCGGGGAACACAGGGGUUCCACAAGCUGGUCUCAUGGGUUCCACAAACACCCAAAUCGCAACCCCCCUCCCCUCCCCCCCCCCCCUGCCGCAAACUGCUCGGCAGGACCAUGCAAAGCGCCUUCAUUUCACUUUGUACUGACAUUGCGAUUGAUAUGGUGGGGACAUAUGGGAAGCAACACAAGCAAAAUUGCCUGCAAUUGUGCAUCUGUUGCUUCUCGGUCAGCAAAUAGGGGGGGGGGGGGGGGGGGGUUGCGGUGCUUCGCAGCAGUUUUUGAGGCUUCCUGGGGUUCUGUGAGGGCUAAAAGUUCGAGAACCCCUGUAUUAGAAGCAUUGUGAUUGUUGAUAUUUACACUGCAGUAAAAUCUUCAAAAUUUAACUGUGGCUAUUAUGCCCAAGUAUAUGUUAGGCAGCAAUGUUCUAAGAACCUGUGUUCAUUAUUUGUGCGUGAUUUUUUUUUUUUUUUUUAAUUCAGAGUCGAAGAAACUAUUUGCGUAUACCAAGAAUAUUCGUAAAGACCCUCAAUUAGGUAAGGCUAGGCUCUUUCGUAGGUAAAUCUGUCGUUCACUUGCCAUCCUAAUGUAGGUAUUAACUUUCUGAGGCCACAGUCUGUAAGUAUAGAUCGCAGCAACUAUUCAAGAUUCGAUUAAAAGAUGUUCGGCCAAAAACGCUCUUCACUUUCAGUUUGCUUCAUACCCAAAUCCAUUGUUUGCACAUGCUGAAUGAAAAGUAUUGGUUUUUCUGCGAAUGGCGCUCACAUCGAGGGUUAGAGUAGCUGCUCUACAAACAGUAGCCGGUGGAAUAUGAGCGAGAGCAGUGCAGUGCAAACACCGACCGAAGACGCCAUCGGUACUCCCUAAUAGGUUACCUAAUCUGCAAAAUUAUCACCGUAUGAUUGUUCGUUAAAUAAAUCCCUAGCGGCCAGGUCCCCCGUAGGUCAGACACUUUAAAUAGUCUCCCAACACUCCUAGAACUGCACUUUUUUCACAGGCUAACUUUCAGAAAGAUUGUAUAAAAUUUUUUAUAUGAAAGCUCAGUAUUGUUUGUUCCAAAAGUGGGAAUCUUUGCUCCAAACCCCAUUUUUUCCUGCUACAAGAGCUGCUCCAAGUCAACACUCGGCAGUUCCACCACUGGGCGUUGCAUUAGCAUUAAAUUAAAAAGAGGGGCGGUAAAAUCGGCCGAUUUCACUUCGCUACAAAUCACAGAAAAUACCAUUUCCCAAGGGCUGACAGAUAUUACAGAUUUAAAUUUUUAUAGCUCUUAGUACUUGCAUCGUAACCAAACCUCGAUAGUUUUUCUAUGGAACCUAAAGCAUAUGCGUGCCGAAUUUGACCGGGCUGACAGAUAUUACAGAUUUAAAUUUUUAUAGCUCUUAGUACUUGCAUCGUAACCAAACCUCGAUAGUUUUUCUAUGGAACCUAAAGCAUAUGCAUGCCGAAUUUGACCGACGGAACAAAAUUUGGGCCAAAAAUACUCGCACGCAAGCUGUGAAGAUGCCCCCAAAUGAGAAAACCGCACUCGAAUAAUGUGUGGUAACACACUUUUGCUGCGGGAAAGAUUUGUUGGUUAUUAUUUUUGCGCGAGAAAAGAAAGGUACGCAAUGGUGGACGACUAGGAAUACUUUCCAAAAUUAAUGCUUGUCGGUCAACGUACGUCCUUUUUGGGUCGCCAAAAAUACUAUUUCGACAAAUUUCGCUCUUUUACUGGGGUCCGGAUUUAUUUAUACGCAAAAGGCGUUCCAUUGAAACACCUAAAGGCCAAACGGCAAUAAUGCGGAGGCCGGCCCGGAUCCGGUUGGGCAAAAGCUCCCAAACCAGCUCCUGGUCGAGACAUCGGUCGUGGAGCUCGGAAUCGUCCAGCCGUUACGGCACACUCGGGCGAUUUUGGCUCGGUGGCACUUCGUAAGACGUAGGCGGAGUGGACGUCUCCGCAGGUAGCCCCUGCCGUUUUCGACUCGGUCCGGGCGGCACCUCGACGACGCCGGUGUGACCUUGGUGCCACCCGACUUCUCAGGGAGUGGCAACGUCGCUUGCGUCCGUGAACCCGUGCGGCCGUCUCGCCGCUUCGGCCACGGCCGGUGCGCCCGCCAGGAAGCGGACGGUGCUGCAACUGCCGCUUCGCACAGGCACGACGUCAGGAAUCCGAUCGACGGUCUACGAGAACGACGGGCAUUUCGAAGACUUUCGUCGAACUUGGAUCCGGCUGCUCCUACCUUGAGUCCGCGGUGGACCUUGUGAGGACGACUGCAAUGCGACCACUCUGUGCGGGGUCGCCGCCGCCGGCUCCCUCGAGUGCGUGUUUGUGUGUGCGUGGGUGUUUGUGCUCGCAUCGCCUCCUUGUUCUAAUGUGCGCGUCAUUCGUUACGCCACAUAUUUUUUGUUACUGCCGGAUGGUGCUUGUUUGUUGAGUGGCGCUGCGAGUGAGUGGCAACCCGCUCGGAGCGUACUUCCCGAGGUGCUCGACGGAAGAAGGAACGUCCCGUGGCAAUGGAUUUGACGCGUGCUCUCGUCAAACGACACUUCCGCAGUGCCCAAUGCGGACAGACUACGAAGCACCGCGUCGGCAGCAUCCUGUAGGGUUCCACUGUGGUCGGAACCGGGCGUAAGACAUUGUUAACAUUAGGUUUUUUUGUUUUUUUUCGAGGCAUCGUUUUUUUUUGUUUUAUUAUUGUUAGGUGGUAGCUUAGGAAAAGUUAGGUAACACGGCAGCCGGCAUUCGCUUCCCUCAAAGUCCAUCACCUCGCAUAGUCAUCGCCGGUGUAAUUCUAAGUCCUGGUCGCGUAGUCGGGUAAGUGGUAGGGUUAGGUUUUGUUACGGUUCUUCUCCGACCUAGUUUGCUUUCGUUGUUUGCCGUCGGGCGCCUCUUCUUACGCAUUCCGAGACUCGACGCCGUCCGCCGGUCGGGCUCUCGAGCUGUCGGACACGGGGGAGCCCUCGACCGCUUUGAGCGAGAUCCCCCCCGACGGCCUCGCGUCUGGUUCAGGAGGCUCACUGCAGACGCGGGGAAGGGGGGGCGGGUUGAGGCUUCGAUUGUGUCCAGACUAGAAACACGUGUAGUUAGGGGCGCCUGACUUCGAGGAACCCGGUCCUAGGAGACCCGCAGCCUACUUAAAUCUCGCGCGUAGCAGGCUUUUCUUUGGCUAGUGUGGGGGACAUUGGAGCCCCUCGUGGAGCGGCGACUCGGACGAGUCGUUUGCCGGGGCCCCGUCAUAAACGGGUGUUGGAAAGUGCGACGUUUAGGCUGUAGUAUUUGUUUCCAGGGGCAUUGGCAGCGGCAUCGGUCGACCGCGCAAGUAAGGUAGGUGUUUGCAUUCUCGGCGGGGCACCCGGAAAAGGCUCCCGCCGUUGGCGAAGCUGCGAACGGCCGGAUUCUGUUUUUGCAGUGCCGCGCCGGGGUUAGGAAAUGAGCGACUUAAAGAAGUUUGGGGUCGCGUUCCAGCUGUACGUGCGCUUGGCUGCGGCUUUAGCCGUUCCGACCUCGACUGCGCGGGGCAUUUCGCAAGACGGGCAGAGUGCUUCGUCGCGACGCCUCUGCCCCAGUUGCGCAAACGCUUCCCCGCCCUGAGAGGCCCUUUUUCUGUCGCCUGCCGAGAACUUCGGGCACCGGGAGUUGCAACAGGAAGUUGCCGAGCGGCGCGUGCGGGGAGACGACCGUUUGGGAUCCUAUGGCCCAUUCGCGCAGUUGGUUUUCGCUACAUCAUUUUCGGUUACAGUCGCUGAAGCAUCCUUUCCUCAUACAUCGCGCACGAAGCUACUCGUCUUAGUUAAACAUAUAAAACAGCGCAAAAAAGAGAAGGACAAGAAGUAUACAGGACAAGCACUAUCUGUAUACCUGCCGUCCUAGUCGGAAAAGCCGCCACGUGAACGGGCAUUUGGAAACAAUUCUGCAAAGGACACAAUUUGCGAAGUUUCACUUGGGCUACGAGCUUGGCAUUUACCGCAUUGAGAAACCUUUGUUUGGAAGCUGGAGCAUCAUCCGUCGUUUCCCGCAUUAUACCUCCGUAGACUAGGACUGGCUCGUUGCGUGCUCCUCGUGAAAGUAAAUAGAUGGAUUAUUUUGCGUAAAAAGUGAGACCCGUACUAGAGCGCAUAUUGUGCAGAAAAUUUGAGAUGUCAGUGGAUGAUCUAUUGAGAGGGUCUGGCAUAUGCACGUAGCAUCCGAAAACAUUUAGUUGGCACGCAUCUUCUGAGCUGCAUGCACGCACCUCGCAUUAAAUUGAGUCGCUGCAAAACGUUAUUCUUGCUCGCAACAUUAGCUUUGAUUGCUCGUGGCGCUGCGUUUGGUAGCGGAUCUUUUGGCGGCAGAAAUAGGGCCUCCUUUGUCGUUGUCUCUAUGUGGGUCGAGAAGGCAUACUUUCCCAACCACCACUACAAAAGGGCGGCACUCUUUCGUCGGAACUGCAUCCACUGUCGUCAUUUCUGUCGACUCGGCAGUUUCGGUUUUUGGAGGCGCUGCCCCCCAGUGCAUGCGGAAGCACCGAAGCACUCUGAAGCAAUAUUGUCGACCGUCGAGUACAAAUGCUGGGGAUGCACAUUUUCCAGAGUCUAUGAAGGCGUCCAUUUGGAUGCCGUCGUUAUCCUCGUUGCGGCAGCUCUCGUACCGCGGGGACUUCCCUUCCUUUGGUACCGAUUUCUCAGUAACGACGACCGUGCACGCACGCACGCUCUCUCUCAGGUUCUAAGGGAACACUGCACUGCCAAAAGAAGACGUUUGGUACGUGUGUCAUGAAAUGCAGCCCGAAAAAUAAAAAAAGUAAUAGAACAUCAAUGCUGCGGGACGCAAUUUACACCGAGCCGCGGAUGCAACGUGCAAGCCAUCCCCGCUUCUCUCUGUGUCGCGUGGAGGCCCAAGACGCAGAGGAGAUGCAUGCGGUGCACGCGGCCCCGCUUCCAGCCAAUGGGAGGUUUGCAACGUGGCUUCUCUUGCGACACCUUUAUUUGUUUGUUUCGGGAAAAGUGCAUUUGUGACGUACGUGUCCUCCUAGCCAGGCCGUUACAAGAGUGCAGCGUCCCUCCCAGCGUCUCGCCCGUCGAGAGCUGGCUGAGCGGCAGAUUCGACCGUGAACUGCAGGCAAUUGGCACAAAUCAAGAAUUGUAUAGCUUCGAUCCAACUCCUUGUAGAAUCUGUGGAUUCUCAGACACUUGAUUCAUGGCCUAACGGCCGCAAGGAGAAUCUGGGUUCCCUUUGGGUCCCUGAGACGUUUGAAAAACCCUCCCAUAGAAAAUGGCUUUUCGAAAAUUCUUGGAUUGCCAAUGGUGCUCAGAAUUCAGAGUUCAAUCCAGCACAUUUAGGCAAUUUUUUUCCAGAUUGUGUCGAAUCUUACAAAUCCUGCGAGAUGAGUAGAAAAAUAGUGAAUUUUUUAGAGUAUGGAUAUUUGUUUGGAAGCUUUGGGGGAAAGCAGCUUUGUCUGUUAUCAUGGUUUGUGCUUUGUACAAGAAACGCUUUUAGUGCUGGUAUUGAAUGACUGAUGAGUAGCCUCAAGCUUGCUAAUGCUCUCAAUUCAAAGAAUUGUGAUGUGUUCCUCGGUUCCUCGGCUGGUUUUUUAGCGAAACAAUUUUUGGACUGGUGUUAGCUCAAUUGUGAUGUGUGGUUGGCUGAAAUCGUGCUUCUUUUACGAGUAUGUCACCCUGUAACUUUCUUACACAUAGAAUGCAAUCCCUCAAAUUCCCUUUUCUUAUGUAAGACACCUUUUGGGGCAACUUAAUGUUGCUGUGCCCUGUGUAUCGACUGCUGGAAACCAACGACUGAUUUUCUUUAUUGAAACGGCUCGUUAAUCCUAGCUUGGGAAUUAAGGAGAUUGGGGUGAAAAUAGUGCAGUUUUCCUCUUCUGGCAAGAACGGUCCGAUUCCACUGCCAUGCACGCAAGGUGAGGCUUACAAAGGGUUGUCCAGGGGCAGCGUUCUCAAGCGGGGUAACGUCGGGGAAUUUUGUGUGCACCGACCGUCGGAAGAGUGUGCGACAAAUGCUUGACCAAAGAAUACGGGAGACUGAGUGGUUCUGGCGAUCACUCGAUCCAGAAGAGGAAUUUCUUCCUUAGUCCGCUGAAACUGAGCAUGUUUUUUUCACUCGUUGCUUUUACUAUUGAACCGAACCUUGCUCGAGUUGGGCUGCUCUGUGAUCUCCUGUAUUAGCUUCCCAUUCCUCCGUUUUGGUUAGGAAUUGGAGAUAACUGAAUAUUUUUAUAAGUCUAUUCAGCCUAAGAAAAUAAAGCAAAGUCUCGGAGCAUUUCCGAGUUGUGCGUGCAAGUC